CUCGAUAAUGGCAAUAAUAAAAUGGCAAUCCAGCAAGCGGAUAAGCUGCUCAAGAAACACAAGGAUCUUCACUGUGCAAAGGUUCUAAAGGCAAUUGGCUUGCAGAGAACUGGCAAGCAAGACGAAGCGUAUGCUCUGGCACAAGAAGUAGCAGCUCUUGAACCCACAGAUGAUAAUUCCUUGCAAGCACUCACUAUUCUUUACCGGGAAAUGCAUAGACCGGAACUGGUAACUAAACUUUAUGAGGCAGCUGUAAAGAAGGUUCCCAACAGCGAAGAGUAUCACUCUCAUCUCUUCAUGGCCUAUGCCAGGGUUGGAGAAUACAAGAAGAUGCAACAGGCUGGAAUGGCACUUUAUAAGAUCGUGCCCAAAAAUCCAUACUAUUUUUGGUCUGUGAUGAGCCUGAUUAUGCAGUCUAUUUCGGCGCAGGAUGAAAACCUCUCCAAGACGAUGUUUUUGCCACUAGCGGAGAGAAUGGUGGAAAAAAUGGUGAAAGAAGAUAAGAUUGAAGCUGAGGCUGAAGUCGAACUGUACUACAUGAUUCUGGAACGUCUGGAGAAGUAUAAGGAAGCCUUAGAUGUUGUGAGAGGAAAACUAGGAGAGAAGCUGACAAGUGAGCUCCAAAGCCGCGAGAACAAGUGUAUGGCAAUGUACAAGAAGCUGCGUAGGUGGCCGGAGUGCAACGCGCUGUCGAGAAGGCUGCUGCUGAAAAACUCAGAUGAUUGGCAGUUUUAUAUAACUUACUUUGAUUCAGUGUUCCAACUCAUUGACGAAUCCUGGACACCUCCAACAGAAGAAGAGCACUCUUUGGAAGGAGAGGUACACUAUUCUAUAGAGCAAGCUGUGAAGUUCAUAGAAGAAAGGAUAACAGAAGAAUCUAAGAGCGCACGGCCACUUCGGGGACCAUAUUUAGCUAAACUGGAGUUGAUCAGACGUUUGCGAUCCAGAGGUUGUAAUGAUGAAUAUAAACUGGGUGAUCCGGAAGAGCUAAUGUUCCAAUACUUCAAAAAAUUUGGGGACAAACCCUGCUGUUUUACUGAUCUCAAAGUAUUUGUGGAUCUCCUCCCAUCCAGCCAAUACACAAAGUUCAUCAGUCAAUUGCUGGAAGUAAUCCCUCUGUCGGCAGCAGCAGAGGGUGAAAUCGCACUGCCCGCCGAUAUCAAAGCUCUGCAGCAGCACUUGUGCGUGGUGCAGCUCUCGAGAUUGCUCGGUAUCUAUCACGCCAUGGAUAAGAAGCAAAAGCUGACUGUGGUCCGGGAGUUGAUGUUAAGAUACCGCCACGGAUUGGAGUUUGGGAAAUCUUGUUUGAAAACUGAAUUGCAGUUUUCAGAUUAUUACUGCCUGCUUGCAGUUCACCUGCUGCUUGAUCUGUGGCUAGAAGGUGAAGAGACAGCUGUGUGGCAGUGCCUAGCUCUCUUAGAAGAAGGGUUAUCUCAUAGUCCUUCUAAUGCUCAGUUUAAAUUGCUGCUCAUUCGAAUCUACUGCAGGCUUGGUGCAUUCGAACCUGUUGCAGAGCUCUAUUCCAGCCUUGAUGCAAAACACAUACAGCACGACACCAUCGGCUACCUUCUGACGCGCUAUGCAGAGGCGCUGGGCCAUUAUGCUGCUGCAUCCCAAUCCUGCAAUUUUGCACUCAGGUUUUUCCACUCCAACCAGAAAGAUACCUCAGAAUAUAUCAUUCAAGCCUACAAGUACGGUGCAUUUGAGAAGAUCCCAGAAUUCAUUGCGUUUAGAAAUAGGCUGAACUCUUCCCUUCACUUUGCGCAAGUUCGCACCGAGCGGAUGUUGUUGGACCUCUUACUUGAAGCGAAUAUAUCAACCAGUUUAGAAGAAAGUAUAAAGUCCAUGAGUCUGAGCCCAGAGGAGGAUGACAUUCCAUGGAAGGAUUUGCGUGACAACAGAGACCUGACGGUGUUGUUUAACUGGGAUCCGAAAGACAGGGACAUUUCUGAAGAACAUAGGAAACUCUCACUGGAGGAAGAAACCGUGUGGUUGCGAAUCCGGUCUUUAACUUUAAGGCUAGUAAGCGGACUCCCAACUCUUAGUCACACUAUUCAACCAAAGAACUCUGAAAAGACUGCAGAGAACGGCGUCUCAUCCAAGAUUGACACCAUUCGAUCCCUGCUUCAGCAGCUGGAAGCGGCAGUGGAUUCAGGGAAGAAGUUUCUAGAACAAAAAAUUCAGUAUCCUGUCCUUGGCCCUCCUCCUACCCGAAUGGCUGGCUUCUUCAGUAAUGGCAGCUGUCAAUGCCAGACUAGCUUGUUUUAUCUUGUUAGUGAUAUUUAUGAACUAGAUACCAAUGGCUUAGAAGAUUCAGCAGAAAUCCAGGAAAGAAUAGGGAAUAGUUUCAAGUCUUUAGUAGAACGACUAACAGACUUGUUCAUUAAAUGUAAAGGUGACUUGAUUGAAGUCAGAGAUGGCACCUUGAAAACUCAUCCAAACCUGUUAGAAAAUCUAGUCUUCUUUGUUGAGACGGUCUCCAUUGCCCUGUGGGUAUCGAGUUACUGUGACAGCGUCCUCCGACCUUUUAAAUCCAACCUGCAAAAAAAGAAGAAGAAAAAAAAAGAAAGCAGUGUAGCUAUGCCACCUGUAUUUACACAUUUUCUGGAUUAUGUUACUGAACUACAGACAUUAACUUCCAAUGUAAUAGAUCACAUCAAAGGGCUUGAAAUAAUUCUGACUGCACUAAAACUUGAAGAGCUGUCCCUCAAGGACACGCUGCUUUUACAGGAAGAAAAAAGGUUUACAAAGACUGUGCAAGGGAAGGUCCAGAGCAGUUACCAUCACUCAGUUCAGGAAAUUGGAGAGCUGCUGAAAAAGAGACUCGAUACCAUUAAAAAACUAAAGAUUUGAGAAACACAUCCUUGACAGACUCCACAGGGGAGUGACACCAGAGUCCUGGACAGAAGCAACAUCCAAUAUACCAUCACUUUAAUCCAGAACUUCCUCAUAAUGCAUGAAGGACUUCAAAUCAUAAAACAAUUUUUUUAGGUAUUACAGAUGUAUUGAGCUGAUUUAAAUUAUUGUACAUAAACGAGAAGCAGGGACCCUUAUCAGGGUUUGACCACUUUUUAUACAUGUUCAUAAGCAUAUUGCAACAGGAGAAAAUUAACUUUCUUCCCUUUUGAUCUCUAGAAACAACUGGAGAUGGUCUUUAGAAGCAGCAAUAGAAAUCCAGUGUAAAGCCUAUAUCUCAAAGGAGUUGUAUUUUCAUCACCAUACAGUGUUUAUAAUUUUUGUAUGGUCCUUGCCUUAGAAAAGCAGAAAUUGUAGAUGCCCGCAUUCAGCCACCUCCGAUGAAACGAGCCUGUUGUGGAGCUGCCUCUUGUCCCCGAGCCACCUGGUCCUGCGGAGUCAAUCCGGUGUGCGGGUGCAGCAGGGAGAGGUGAGGCU